GCCUCACGGAUCGCCAUUUAAAUUGAAAACUUUUGCAAACUUCGUCUUCAGUUGCUUAAGAUCGGCCGAAAUGAAACGGUCGCUUUUUUAGUUACUUCUGUGGAGUAAAUAAUAUUAAGUAAUUCUUGCUGGGAUACCGGGUUGAAAGGAUACCGGACGGAUUUAGAUUUGGACUAUACUUUUUUCGACGUCCGUCAGUGGUGGACUGAUAUUCGUUGUGAUUGGUUGGAUCAAAAAGGAUUAAGUGAUCAAGAGUGACUAUUUUCAAAUUUUUUAUUUUUUCGAGUAAUUACUUAGUUGGAGUAACGGCUGUGAUUAAGUGACAAAAGCGAUCAAACUAUCUUUAAAAUGCGGAUUCAUGCCGUUUUGUGCAUGGUCCUCGCUGCCAUCUUCUUGCAGGAGGCAUACACUGCAGAAGAACGCAAAGAGACGAAAAAGCGAGAGUUGCUCAUUAACAUCGAAGACCCACAUACCCACUAUUUUUCGGCCGAUUUUGAUACCAGUGCUUACCGUUAUGGCUACGACAUCGGUUUGACUGGACAUUUCCAUCAUGAAACUCGUGGUCCGGAUGGUGUUACCUACGGUUGCUACGGAUGGAUUGGACCAGAUGAUUUACUUCGUGUUGUUCACUAUGUAGCCGAUGCUUAUGGUUACAGAACAGUUGAACCAGAAAAGGAUGUUGAAGUUUAUCCGGAUACCGGUGAUCAGACCCUUCAAAAUAUCGAUGAAGGUGGAAAACCACGAACUGGACAUAAAGUAAGGUGGCAGGAUCUCUAUUUCCCGAAAGGAUGCGGUAAAAUUGAGGGUGGUGUACGACCAAAUAUUCCAGUUAUUAAAUUGCCAGAAGGUGGAUAUGUGAAUACUGAUAGCCCCAAGGUAACUGCAAUUAAGGGAAUUGGAAGCAUUGGUCUAGGUGUUUCUAGUCGCCCAGGAAGUGGCUCACUCCCUGGAUCCUCAAACAGUAUUGCUGUCGUUGGAACUGCUGAUUUAUCACCCUCAAUUCCACGGCCAGUAGGCAGCGGUUUCGGUGCAGGUGGAGCAGGUGGAUUUGGCGGAGCAGGAGGAUUUGGCGGAGCAGGAGGAUUAGGCGGAGCAGGUGGUGCUGGUGGCCAAUACAAACCAGACAACUCUGGACAAUACCAACCUGAUAAUUCUGGACAAUACACCCAUGUUGCUGGCCCAAGUGGACCAGGAGCACAACCUUAUCUUCACGUGAAAGGUCCAAGUGGCGGAUUCGGUGGUGCUGGCUCCGGCGGCGGUUUUGGACCAGGUGGUCCAGGCGGUCCAAAGGGUCCAGGAGGACCAGGUGGCCCAUUCGGCCCAGCAGGACCUGGAGGUCCAGCUGGUCCAGGAGGUCCUUUGGGUCCAGGAGGCCCAGGAGGUCCAUUCGGUCCAGGCGGUCCAGGAGGCCCAGGCGGCAAAGGCCCUGGAGGUCCAUUAGGUGCAGGUGCUUCAUUCGGAUCAGGCGGUAAAGGCUCAGGAAGUUCAUUCGGUGCAGGUGCUUCAUUCGGUUCAGGCGGUAAAGGCCCAGGAAAUGCAUUCGGUGGAGGUGCUUCGUUCGGUUCGGGCGGUAAAGGCCCAGGAGGACUUGGUGCGGCUAGUAUUGGAAUCGGAGCUACCCUGAAACCAGGAACUAGUGCCGGAGGAGCUUUCGGUUCCGGAACCGGUAGUGGAAAUGCAUUGGGUGCUGGUGCCGGAUUUGGCGCUGGUAAACCAGGCUCAGGACUAGGAUUUGGCGCUGGAAAACCAGGUGCAGGACUUGGAUUUGGAGCUGGAAAACCAGGAUCAGGAGCUGGCGGUUCAGGUCAGUACGUACCAGGACCACAAAUCGGUGGCGGUAGCUACAAACCUGAUGAUAGUGGAGCCUACGUACCAGACGACUCUGGUCAAUAUCAUCACGUCCCAGGACCAGACGGGCCAGGAGCUCUUCCUUAUCAACAUGUAGUUGGACCCCAAGGUGGAUUUGGAGGUGCUGGUGGUUUCGGAAGUGGUGGUGGAAAGGGACCAGGCGGCCCAGGUGGCCCAGGAGGUCCAGGAGGUCCAGGUGGCCCAUUCGGACCAGCUGGUCCAGGAGGUCCAGGAGGCCCAGGUGGUCCAUUAGGCCCACCAGGUCCACCAGGCCCACCAGGAAAAUUCCCACCAAGUCGCCCAAGCCCAGGAUCACCCGGCUCUCCAGGAUUACCAGGUUUUGGUGCUCCAGGCUCUCCAGGUUCACCAAGCUUCUCCGGAUCAUUAGGCAAACCAGGAUCACCAAGUCGACCAGCUAUUGGAACUGGCACUUCCCUCAGACCAACAAGUCCAUUCUUAUCCGGUCGUCCAGGAUCUGAUAAUAGCGGUGCUUAUAAACCAGAUGACUCAGGUGCUUACCAUCACGUUGGAGGACCAUCCGGUCCAGGCGCACUUCCAUACCAGCAUGUAGUAGGAGCACAAGGGCCAGGAGGUCCAGGCGGCCCAAGUGGACCAGGAGGUCCAGGAGGUCCAGGAGGCCCAGGAGGCCCAGGAGGCCCAGGUGGCCCAUUCGGACCAGGAGGCCCAGGUGGACCAGGUGGCCCAUUUGGACCAGGAGGUCCAUCAGGACCUUUCGGACCAUCAGGUCUUCCAGGCAAAUUCCCAACCAGUCGACCAAGUAUUGGCUCACCAGGAUCACCAGGACUUCCAGGUUUAGGUGGUCCAGCUGCACCAGGUGCGCCAGGUAGACCUGGCAGACCAGGUUCUCCAAGUCGCCCAAGCAUUAGUAUUGGAACAAUUUCAUCCAGUAAACCAUCAAGCACUAUUUUCGGCAGUCGUCCAGGAUCUCCUGGCAGUCCAGGUGAUAGUGGCGCUUAUAAACCAGACGAUUCAGGCCAAUACCAUCAUGUCGAAGGACCUUCCGGACCAGGCGCACUCCCAUAUCAACAUAUAGUAGGACUUCAAGGACCCGGCGGACCAGGAGGUCCAAGCGGGCCAGGAGGACCAGGAGGUCCAGGAGGCCCAGGAGGUCCAGGCGGUGCAGGAGGUCCAAAGGGACCAAGUGGCCCAUUCGGACCAGGUGGACCAAGUGGACCUGGAGGUCCAUUUGGCCCAAGCGGCCCUAGUGGCCCUGGAGGCCCAUUCGGACCAAGCGGACCAAAGGGACCAGGAGGUCCCCUAGGACCAUCAGGUCUUGCAGGAAAACUUCCCACCAGUCGUCCCAGUUUGGGAUUACUCGGCCCAUCAGGACUACCAAGUUUAAGUGCACCAGGCAAACCAGGAUCUUUAGGCAGACCUGGUAGCCCAGGCCUCCCAAGUCGUCCAAGUGUUAGCCUUACAAUUUCUUCGUCAUCAAGACCAUCAAGUCCACUUUUGAGCGGUCGUCCAGGAUCCCCAGGACCCGAUGACAGUGGCGCCUAUAAACCAGAUGAUUCAGGCCAAUACCACCAUGUUGAUGGACCUUCCGGACCAGGUGCACUUCCAUAUCAACACGUAGUAGGACUUCAAGGACCUGGUGGACCAGGAGGUCCAAGUGGGCUAGGAGGACCAGGAGGUCCAGGAGGCCCAGGAGGACCAGGCGGUCCAGGAGGUCCAAAGGGACCAAGUGGCCCAUUCGGACCAGGUGGACCAAGCGGCCCAUUCGGACCAGGUGGACCAAGUGGCCCUGCAGGACCAUUCGGACCAAGUGGACCAAAGGGACCAGGAGGCUCACUAGGACCAGCAACACUUCCGGGAAAACUUCCAGCCAGACGACCCAGUGUUGGAUUGCUGGGAUCACCAGGACUGCCCGGUUUAAGUGCACCAGGCGUACCAGGCUCUUCAAGUAUACUUGGUAGCCCAGGUCCAGCAGGACUCUCAGGUAAAUUCCCAACUAGCCGUCCAAGCAUCGGAUUGCCAGGAUCACCUGGACUUCCAGGUUUAGGUGCUCCAGGUGCCCCAGGUGCUCCAGGUACCCAGGGACGUCCAGGCUCCCCAAGUCGACCCAGCAUUAGUCUCGGACUUCCUUCUUCCCCGAGACCACAAAGCCCCUUCUUGUCAGGUCGCCCAGGAUCCGCUCCAAGUGGAUACAAACCAGAUGACAGUGGCUCCUACAAGCCAGACAAUUCUGGAGAUUACCAUCAUGUUCAAGGACCUUCCGGACCAGGCGCUCUACCAUAUCAACAUAUAGUAGGAUUACAAGGCCCAGGAGGUCCAGGAGGACCAGGAGGCCCAGGAGGUCCAGGAGGUCCAGGAGGCCCAGGAGGCCCAGGAGGUCCACGAGGCCCAGGUGGUCCAGGAGGCCCAGCUGGACCAGGAGGCCCAGCUGGACCAGGCGGCCCAAGCGGACCAUUUGGACCCGGAGGUCCAUUCGGACCAUCAGGACCAUUAGGUCCAGCCGGUUUACCAAGCAAAUUCCCAACAAGUCGUCCAAGUCUUGGAUUACCAGGAUCCCCAGGAUCACCGGGACUUCCAGGGUUAGGCGCCCCAAGCGUUCCAAGCAUAUCUUCAAGACCAGGAUCUCCCUCGCGCCCAAGUAUCAGUAUUGGUAUUGGUUCGUCUCCAAAACCAUCAAGCCCAUUGCUCUCUGGCCGCCCCGGAUCUCCUGGAAGCGGAUCAUAUAAACCAGACGAUAGUGGUUCAUAUCGCCCCGAUUCUUCUGGAGAUUAUCAUCAUGUGAGUGGUCCAUCAGGACCAGGUGCCCAGCCAUAUCAACAUGUUGUAGGUCCCCAAGGUCCAGGAGGUCCAGGAGGACCCGGAGGUCCAGGAGGUCCAGGAGGUCCAGGAGGCUCAGGAGGUCCAGGAGGUCCAAAGGGUCCAGGAGGUCCAGCUGGACCAGCAGGGCCUGGAGGUCCCGGAGGUCCAUUCGGACCAGGAGGUCCUUUCGGACCAUCUGGUCCAUCAGGACCAUUAGGUCUUCCAUCGAAACUCCCAACAAGCCGCCCAAGUAUUGGCUUACCUGGAUCACCCGGUCUUCCAGGUUUAGGUGCUCCAGGGGCUCCAGGCAGUCCUGGUAGACCAGGUUCACCAAUUCGACCAAGCAUUAGUGGUGGAAUUAUUUCAUCAUCUAAGCCACCAAGCGCAUUAUUAAGUCCACGCCCAGGAGUCUCUGGAAGUGGAUUAUACAAACCAGAUGAUAGCGGCGCUUAUCGUCCAGAUAACGCAGGACAAUAUCAACAUGUUGUGGGACCAGCCGGACCAGGUUCAAAACCAUAUCAACAUAUCGUAGGACCACAAGGUCCAGGCGGCCCAAGUGGACCAGGUGGUCCAGGAGGUCCAAGUGGCCCAAGUGGCCCAGGAGGCCCAUUCGGUCCAAGUGGUCCAGGCGGCCCAUUCGGACCAGGAGGUCCAUUAGGCCCAUCAGGUCUCCCAGGCAAAUUCCCACCUAGCCGACCAAGCCCAGGCUCUCCAGGACUACCCGGAUUAGGAGCUCCAGGUGCACCAGGCGCACCAGGAUCUCCAGGCAGACCAGGAACGCCAGGUUUGCCAAGUAUCAGUAUCGGCAUCACUUCAUCAUCACGUCCGCAAACUCCAUUGCUGCCAUCACGCCCAGGUUCUCCGGCUGGCGGAUCAUAUAAACCAGAUGGUAGCGGCUCUUAUCAACCAGACAACUCUGGCGAUUAUCACCACGUUGAAGGUCCGUCCGGACCAGGCCCUCUACCAUACGGUCAUGUCGUUGGACCGCAAGGACCUGCAGGACCAGGAUCACCACCUUACAAACAUGUUGUAGGACCACAAGGGCCAGGAGGCCCAGGCGGACCAAGCGGCCCAGGAGGACCAGGCGGUCCAGGCGGUCCAGGAGGUCCAUUUGGCCCAGGCGGACCAGGAGGUCCAUUCGGUAAACCAGGUCCAGCCGGCCCACCAGGCCCACCAGGACCAUUAGGCCCAUUCCCACCAAGUCGACCAAGUCCAGGAUCCCCAGGCUCACCUGGAACCCCAGGUUUUGGAGCACCAGGAUCACCAGGCUCCCCAGGUUCACCAGGAUUCCCCGGUCUCCCAGGAAAACUACCAAGUCUGCCAAGUCUUCCAUCCAUAAAGCCAGUCAGUCCAUCAUUUUCUGGUCGGCCAGGAACCCCAGUAGGUGGAUCAUACAAGCCAGAUGGCUCAGGUUCAUAUAAACCAGAUGACUCAGGACAAUAUCAUCAUGUUGAUGGACCAAAAGGCCCAGGAGCGCCGCCAUACCAACAUCUUGUUGGCCCACAAGGUCCAGGCGGUCCAGGAGGCCCAAGCGGACCAGGAGGCCCAGGCGGACCAGGAGGUCCAAAGGGUCCAGCAGGUCCAUUCGGUCCACCAGGACCACCGGGCCCACCAGGACUACCAGGCAAAUUCCCAGGUUCCACUGUUUCUCGUCCAGCUUUCGGAGUAUCCGUUAGUGUUGUACCAGGUGCAACACCAAAACCAGUAAUUCCUUCCGUAUCUAAACUACCAGGCUCAACAAUUAUUACUGGUGGUAGCCCUUACAAACCGGACACCAGUGGAGCUUAUAAACCCGAUAAAUCUGGUGAAUAUCAACAUGUAACCGGACCAAGCGGCCCAGGAUCAAGUCCAUAUGUCCAUAUUAAAGGCCCGCAAGGAGGUUUUGGUGGCGUUGGAGGUUUCGGACCAGGAGGACCAGGAGGUCCAAAAGGACCAGGAGGUCCAAAAGGACCAGGAGGUCCAGGCGGACCAGGAGGCCCAGGCGGACCAGGAGGCCCAGGGGGACCAGGAGGUCCAUUCGGCCCAGCAGGACGUCCAGGAAAAUACACACCAAGUUUACCAAGCCCUGGUUCACCUGGAUUCCCAGGUCGUCCAGGCACUCCCGGUGAUGGCUCUGGUUCUUAUGUUCAUGACAACAGUGGUGACUAUGUACCCGAUGACUCUGGCGAAUACCACCAUGUUGAAGGACCCUCUGGACCCGGACCGGAACCGUAUAUUCACGUCAUAGGCCCAGAUGGACCUGGACCCGAUCCAUAUAAGCAUAUUGUUGGACCACAAGGCCCAGGCGGCCCAGGUGGCCCAGGAGGACCAAACGGACCAGGAGGACCAGGCGGACCAGGAGGGCCAGGCGGCCCAGGAGGUCCAGGAGGACCAAAGGGACCACCCGGACCACCAGGUCCACCAGGACCACCAGGACCCCCAGGACCACCAGGAUAUUACCCACCACCACCUGGUGAUGGAGGAUCUUACCGCCCAGACGGAAGUGGCCAAUACGUCCCAGACGACUCAGGCAAAUAUGUUCAUGUAGUUGGACCAAACGGACCUGGAUCUGAACCGUACAAGCAUAUAGUUGGACCACAGGGACCAGGAGGUCCAGGCGGACCAAAGGGACCCGGAGGACCAGGAGGACCAGGAGGACCAGGCGGACCAGGAGGACCAGGAGGACCAUUUGGGCCACCAGGACCACCAGGACCCCCAGGACCACCAGGACCACCAGGAAAAUUCCCACUGGAUAAACCAUACAAGCCAGUUUUCGAAUCACACCGUAUCACUCAAACCUAUUUACCAGCCAAAGAAGGUCCACCAAUCAUUGAUACUGGAUCCUAUGAACUCCUUCCUCCUACACCCGUUAAACAAUACCCCAACCGGCCAUCUCAAGCAGGAUCCCCAGGAACGGUGAUCGGAGUGCUCCCCUCGACACGUCCCCGUAUCCUUACUUCAGUUAUCGGCUAGUUCCUGUCCGUGCUAUUUGGUCAACCCCCAAAAUUCUUCAACCACAACCACAACCACACCACAAGCUUUACCGUCCACACUUCCCGUCUAUCCACCCAAAGCCGGCUACCAACAAUCCUAUUCUUUGGACAAACUACCGAAAGGAGCAGUAAUUGGAUUCAUCCCCGUUAUAUUCUUCCCCUAUUGCCCAGAAGCUGAUGGCUCGCCCACCGCGAAUCACGAAGCCAUCAAGCCAUCCUUUCCCAGCGCGCUUCCAAUACCCUAUCCUUGCUCGCUAUGCAACCCAUCCAACAACAAGAAAAAGCGUUCUGUCACCACUUUCGAGGACAUCCUGUCCUCCCUGAAAGCAAUCGAAAGUGAGAAUGAUGACGCUGCUCCUCCUAGUCAUAAGGCAAAGUCUGAGAUUCCCAAAAAGGUCGAAACGAGUUCAAAGUGAUCGUCGGCAGUUGAAGAGUAAUUUCUUAGAUUUUAGAUUUUUUUUUAUUGCUCGUUGAAUAUUCUUUUGUUUUUUUUUUUUUAUUUAAUCCUUUUUCAUCGUAAUUUAACUGCCAAUACUCAUUAAAAACGAAAAAUUCGAUUUAUUUAUUUUUCCAUAAGCAAAGGGCUCCCGGCUACGGCCACAAACGUUCCUUCCUUUGACGAGACCAGCACCAAGGUACUGACAACCUGUCGGGGCCAGGUGUGGUCAAAGGACAAAGGACUUCGGCGACCCAUUCACAUACUCGUGAAAAAUUUGUUUUAAUUUUAGGACUUGGUGAUAAGUUAUGUUCCAGACUCCGCCCAAGCGGAGACUGGGUCCCAAAAAUUUGUUAUGUCGAUUUGUCGGAAUUGUUUUUUUGUUUUGGCGUUAGAAAGUAUGUGUCGAAAUAUCUUUUAUCUUUGCCACCUGAAAUUUUGCUCGUUUUGGCCUUUUAGAAUCUGAAGACUCUCUCCUAACUAUUUUAUGUAAAUUUCUCUUAUUGUUUUGUAUUUUUUGAAUGUUUUAAAAGUAAAUAUGACAAUCAGUUUUAAGUUAUGAAAAUAUGACACAAAUUGCAGAUAUCGCGAAAUGUCUGUCAAAAUAUUAUAGACAAAUUUUGAAAUAUGAAAACCAAUAAUGAAAAGAA